CAACCAGACGCCGGCCGGGCUGGCGAACCAGGACAUCCCGCAGCACGCCGGGGACAGGGACAUCUCGCAGCACGCCGCGGCGGCAGCUGCGCCGGCCGACCGGAUGAGGAUUUUCGUGGAAGGCGUGGACGUGGACGCGGAGGACGAGGAGCAGCAGGAGGCAGAGGCAGCGCGUCGCCGUCGCCGCCUUUCUCUUGGCUCAGCGCAGAACAGCAGCUUCAGCCACAAGGCGCCUAGCGGAAGCAUGAUGGAACGUAAGACUUUGUCAUCUUGGUUCAUCGACACAGCUUCCCUGACCACGAAGAACACCUUCCUGGACUGCGAGUCCCCCUGGACGGAGCCCGUGGAGCUGCCCCGGCGGCCCAGCUCCGACCCCGGCGCCUCCAACGGGACCAGCGCCGACACGGACCAGACCGAGUCCUCCGUGGGGUCUCGUGCGGUGGGCGCCCGCGAUUCGAGCGGCGCAAGCGAGGACGAAGACGCAGCGCCGCGCCAAGCAGCGCAGGGACUCGAAGGCGAUGAAGACCAGGGCCGCCCUCCGCAACUCCUCCUCCGGCGCGAGCCUGAACUCGGAGCCGGACGACCUGUCGCUGGGCCAGGCCGUUGCCGCUGUCAAGCUGGCGGCUCACGACGCUAAGGACGGCGCCCAGCCGCGGACGCAGUCCACGAAGAUCUCG